GGUUCAAGAAAAGAAGAAAGAAAAGGAAGGGGAGGAAAUGUCACUUUGCCUGUAUGAGUGUCUGAGGGCAGUUGGGCUACAGAGUCACUAUGCCAGGUUUAACUCAGUGGGUAUUCAUCGUGCAGCCCACCUUUCAUCGUUGACCAUGGAGGACUAUCCCAUACUGGGAAUCCGCUCUAUGGAGGACAGGACUCGACUCUUCCAUCUGGUCCAAAUGGUCAAAACGCUUGACCUUGAAUAUGAAGAUGAAGAUGAUGGCGAUGAUGAUUUUGAUGCUGAUGGUGGUGAUGAAGGCUACACUGUAGCAAAUAGCUUUACUCAUAAUGGUUGUAGAGAUCCUGGCGAAGAUGUAUAUGAUUAUGAGGAUGACCAGGGUGCUUCUGUGAGUAAACUACAUGCAUCAAGUUUUUCCAAACCAUCAAGUGUUCGCAGACGACUCGAUUUCAGUUGUGAUCCCAUCGAUCAUCAUAUGAAGCAAUUUUCUCAUCAAGGAGGCAAUGUUCACAUCUAUGCAAGCCAUAAUAUAAAUAAUGUGCCAUGCCAGGGUAAAGAAUCAUCCAUAUCUGCGCAGCUCAACACUGGAAAUGCUGUGGUAUGUGGCUGCAAAGGGAAAAACAACCACAGGCCGGAUGUCCAUAGGCAUCAAUCUGAUCAUCACUCAGGAGAAAACGCUGAGCCAAACAUCAUCAAAGGAAAUUCCAAGAACAACUCUCACACCAGAUUAUCACCCAAGUAUGGCUCAUUUCAAUCCCCAAAACCCAGGCCUGCACAAGUGGCAUCAAAUAGGGUAAUCAAUAAACCAGUUGAGCACAAAGAUAGGAAGGAGAAACUCCAUACAGACUCAAGAAGUAAUGGGGUUAUUGCACACACGGCUCAGCCAACACCUGUUUAUGAGUCAAAGAGAACUGCUGGCUACAACUACGGACUACCACUGACUUCACCACAGUCUCCAUACAAAAAGUGA